AUGAAUUUGUCACUGACUGAUCCCUUCGUUCUUGCACAAGACUAUCCCGAAUCAUCUACACUUACUCUUCGUAGCGGCCAUGCUUCGUGCGUGCGCUUUAAUCGCAAAGGCGAUUUCCUUGCCGCAGGGCGUACAGAUGGCACCGUCGUGAUUUUUGAUGUCGAAACCAACGGCAUAGCGCGAAAGCUCAAAGGCCACACCCGACAAGUGCAAUCGUUGAGUUGGUCGUGCGAUGGCAGAUUCUUACUUACAUCAAGUCAGGAUUGGACGUGCAAUAUCUGGGAUUUGAUGGAUGGGACUAUUGUAAGGACUGUACGAUUCGAGGCACCAGUAUAUUUGGCAGAAUUUCAUCCUUGGACACAUCUUAAGAUAUUGGUCUCAUUAUUCGAAGAUCCGCCAUUACUGGUAGAUCUCACGAACCUAGAAGUGGUAAAAUAUAUCCUACCUUCUACGAUCAAAAAACGAACCGUGUACGGAGAAGAUGAAUCAAAACCCAUCGCACCACAAACUACUACAGUCGCUAUAUUCACCGCAUCUGGAGACCACAUACUUUCGGGUACUAAUAAGGGAUGGCUAAAUAUAAUAGAGGUGGCUACGAGGACAGUGAUCUACUCCACGAAAUUAUGCACAGGGGUAUUACUUUAUAUGCGACUUACGACUUCUGGGCGGGACGUGGUGGUUAAUGCCCAAGAUAGGAUUAUUAGGACGAUACAAAUACCUAAUUUAUCAGCAGAGGAUCUGGACCCCGAUACGAUAGAUAUCGAGGUCGAGCACAAAUUUCAAGACGUGGUAAACAGAUUGAGUUGGAACCAUGUGGCAUUUAGUGCGACCGGGGAAUAUGUGACGGCUUCGACUUUUAACAAUCACGAUAUUUACAUCUGGGAAAGAAACCACGGAAGUCUGGUGAAGAUUCUGGAGGGACCCAAGGAAGAGCAUGGAGUGGUUGAAUGGCAUCCACAUAAGCCCAUGAUAGCGGCAUGUGGUUUGGAGUCUGGAAGAAUACAUAUUUGGUCGAUUGUUCCGCAGCAGAGAUGGUCGGCUCUGGCACCGGAUUUUGCGGAGGUCGAGGAGAAUGUUGAGUACAUUGAGAGAGAGGACGAAUUCGAUAUUCAUCCACAGGAAGAGAUCCACAAAAGGAGAUUGGAUGCUGAGGACGAUGAUAUAGAUGUCCUAACAGUUGAACCAGUCAAGGGGGAUGUUGUCGACGAAGACAAUGCAUUCAGGAUGCCAGUACAACUUGAUGGUGACGAUACCGAGAGCGAAGAAGAGUUUGUAGCUGUGGGGAGGGGUGAAAUGAGAAGGAAGAGUCCAUCUGAUGGGCGUAAUUACCAGCUUGAUUCGGAAGCAAUCGGAAGUGCGGACGAACAACCUCGAAGGAAGAAAGGCAGAAGACGUUGA